CCCUCUCUCUCUCUCUCUCUCUCUCUCUCUAAUGCUACGAACGUUUGAGGUUAGGGUUUCCGAGCAGAUUUGGCUUUCUGAAUUCUCCGAGAUCGAUUUCCACAGGGGAUGGGCUGCUUCUUCACUUGCUUCCGCGUGAAGGAGGACGACGAUCGCGCCCAGCUCCCUCGCUCCAUUCGCUACCAGAAACCCCCCCAUCCCACCCAGGAAGCAGUUGUAUCUCGGAACCCCUUACAAGCUCUAUUUCUGUCUGAUGGAAAUGAGGACUCUCCUUGCAAGGACGGUGAAAGUCUUGUUUAUGGAUCUCCACUUAUCAGCAAGGAGCUCAGAGAUGAGGGGAAGUUCCUUAAAGCAUGCGGAACAUUACAGGAAACCCCUAAUGAAAUUCGGAAAGCAUCUAACUGGCCAAUGGCUUCAUCAACUGAAGGUAGAGAUUCUGAAAAUUCAAAGUUUCACUCGUGGCUUCCAGUUUCAUCCAUUGAGAGGCUUCAGCUAGAGCUUAAUAAGGAACUUGAGUUGUCCCCAACACCUCUAAGACUUUCUGACAAGUAUGGAGAAGGUUCAAAUUCUGCUGAGCAUACAGCUAGCAGCUGUAUGUUAGACAACCAGAACACGGGAACUUCUUCCAUUAGCUCCAGUGAGGGCAGUCGGGCAUUCAGAGUUCAAACAACUAGCGAGGCUCAUAAGAGACAGAAUGAUAGUAUCGCAACUGCACUUUCACCCUCCAAUUCCGCUCUGAAUGCUCAGUGUAGGAACAAGUCAGUGCGUUUUGAAUGUGACGUUGAUGGGUCUUGGUCCAGAGAUUCAACAUCUGAAAUGGCAAGCCAGAGUGUUGAAGAAUCUGAAUCACCUGGUAUUCAGAAUACAUCAAAUGCUGGGCCUCAUCCAACACCAAUGAAGCUAACAGAGGAAAUGCAGACUCCUGGAACAGUUUUUCCUGCAUACAUGGAGACAUUAUUGCCUCAAAAUGCACGUAUUAGGUCAGAGUAUGUGCAUUCAGUUCUAAAUCCUGUACAGAGCACCUCACAGUGGAAGUCACUAAUGGAUGGGGAGUGUAACUGUAACCUACUUUUAGAUGAGUUGAAAGACACUUCUGAGCAACCUGGAAGCACAAGGGAAAAAUCUGAAAUGCACAUCGAAGAAACUUCUGCAAGAAAAGAAUCAAAAGUGGAAACAAGCUUAUCUUCCUGGUUGAAACCACCUCAGAACAAAUGGGACGAUGAUGAUCACAAAUUUAGGGCUGUAGCUAGCAAAAAAUCCCAAUUUUGUAGUACUCCUGGUGAUAGGCCAAUCAUUGGUCUUGUCGCUGCACAUUGGAAUGAAAACGAAACUCAAACCUUGCCAAAGUGGUGGGAUGGUAAUGGGAUCCCUAAUUCAACUAACAAGUAUAAGGAGGAUCAAAAAGUGAGUUGGCACGCAACGCCAUUUGAGGAAAGGUUGGAAAAGGCGUUGUCUGAGGAAAGUUCUAUCUCUCAAAGGAAUCAACCUCAAGGAUUGCCAAUUACUUUUGAAAGGGAUGAGGAAAGUGACACUGCUCUAUCUCAUUUUCGAAAUUCAGCCCACUCGGAGUCCGUUGUGUCAUUCUAGCAAAUCCAUUCUCCCUCUGCUCAUUUGGCUGUGCAUGCCUACGCUCAACAUGUGCAUGUAACUAAUGCGGUUGAUAUAUCAAGAAGAGUAAAGGCAUUAGCUUGACAGGGAAACCGUUUUUGUGAUUUCUGAAGUCAUCUUUGCUUUCAGCCAUUUUGGAUGCUAGAUAGCUGCUUGCAUUUGUACCCAGGUGAUGGAAGUUGUCUUGUCGUGGGAAAUCUUGAAUCUUUGCAUGGGCCUAUUUCUGCUGGAGCAGCCACGCACAUGGUUGCUUUUUCUUCGGCCUGUAGCAUUGCUGAAGGACUCUAUUACAUGGAUAUGUUACAUGCUGGAUAUUCGUCAGGAUGAUGGUGAAUAUAUUGUUUUGUCUGCUCA